AUGAGAGGUGUGAUUGAGAUGGUCAGAGAAAGAGAGGGAAGAGAGAGGGAGCAGACCAGCCGGCUGGAUGCUCUUGCUGUAGGGAGAUUGUUAUCCUACAUCGAAGAGCUCGAGCACAGAGAGUUCGUACUUAACAGGGAGAUUGAUGAAUUAGAAACAUCAAACGAUACUCUGAGGAGAUCAAAGGAUACAGCUGAUGGCACUGUAGCGGAACUAAAGCAUGUAAUCGCAAGAAAUGCGAUUACAAUUCGACAUAUCGGUGUCGCAAAUGGAGCGCGAGAGAGAGUGCCAUGA